CCCGGCAGCGGGCGCAGGAGCCGCGCCACCGCCGCUCCCCGCCAUGGUGGCCACCGAGGGGCUGCGGGAGAUGGAGGGCAGCGCGCUGCGACGCCUGGUGUGCCGCGACGAGGCCGGCGGCCCCGGCCGCUAUCUGGUGUUGGACUGCCGCCCCUUCCUGGCGCACAGCGCCGGCCACAUCCGCGGCGCCCUCAAUGUCCGCUGCAACACGAUCGUGCGGCGGCGGGCCAAGGGUGCCGUAAGCCUGGAGCAGAUCCUGCCGGCCGAGGCCGAGGUGCGGGCGCGGCUGCGCGCCGGGCUCUACGCUGCCGUCGUGGUGUACGACGAGCGCAGCCCGCGCGCCGAGGCCCUGCGCGACGACAGCACCGUGGCCCUGGUGGUGCGCGCGCUUCGUCGCGACACGGCGCGCGCUGACAUCCGCCUCCUGGCAGGGGGUUAUGAGCGCUUCUCUUCAGAGUACCCUGAAUUCUGUGCAAAAACCAAGUCCCUGAGCAAUGUGUCACCCACCACCAGCACUGAGACCCUGGAUCUGGGCUGCAGUUCCUGUGGGACUCCUCUUCAUGACCAGGGUGGCCCUGUGGAAAUCCUUCCCUUCCUCUACCUUGGCAGUGCCUACCACGCUGCCCGUCGGGACAUGCUUGAUGCACUGGGUAUCACAGCCCUGCUGAAUGUUUCCUCAGACUGUCCCAACCACUUUGAGGGGCACUACCAGUAUAAAUGUAUCCCUGUGGAGGAUAAUCACAAAGCUGACAUCAGCUCCUGGUUCAUGGAGGCGAUUGAGUACAUUGACUCCGUGAAGGAGUGUUGUGGCCGAGUCCUAGUCCACUGCCAAGCUGGUAUCUCCCGCUCAGCCACCAUCUGCUUGGCUUACCUGAUGAUGAAGAAGCGUGUCAAGCUGGAGGAGGCCUUUGAGUUUGUCAAGCAGCGCCGGAGCAUCAUCUCCCCUAACUUCAGCUUCAUGGGGCAGCUGCUGCAGUUUGAGUCACAGGUGUUGGCCACCUCAUGUGCAGUGGAAGCAGUCAGCCCCUCGGGGACACUGCGAGAACGGGGCAAGGCCACCUCCACCCCCACCUCUCAGUUUGUCUUCAGCUUCCCUGUUUCUGUUGGUGUCCAUGCCACUCCCAGCAGCCUCCCAUACCUGCACAGCCCCAUCACCACGUCACCCAGCUGUUAGCUCAGGGGCUGAGGCUGGCCAGGCAGAUAGUGCCAGGCGUGGACGGGGCAGGUGGGCUUGGAGCCCCAUAAUGUUAAGCAAUAGUGCCGGACACUGCCAAUCACCCUGGACUCAACGUCUUUUUUCGUAGAGAAAUUUCUUACCUCAUCUUGAUCGUUUCGCUUUUUAAUUUUAGGUUUUGAGAGCACGGAAGUUGUAAAAGCCACGAACCCUGACACUGUCCAGGCUCUUUAUGGGAGGGAAAAAAAAAAUAGCAUACUGGGUUUCCUCAAGUGCCUGGUCUUCAUCUCUUUCCAUCCCUAGUUUAUUGUCUUGCCUUUUCUUUUUUUUGUAAAGAUACACACCCCCUUCUUUCCCACACCUGCCCCUAGCUCAUCUGGGUUGAAAAGGGAGCAUAUCCUCUUUUUGUUGAGCAGCAGCCCUCCCCUUGCACAGAUCGACAGGGGUGCAUGUGAUGGGUGCUGCUUACCUGAGCCAGUUACACUGGGUGACUAGCGAGCACUGCAGGUAGGGCCUUGGAGCAAGCAGGAGCAGCAGUGGCACAGUGCUGUCUGCAGUCAGCCUCCCCACUGCCAGUGCCUGGGGAGCUGAUGCAGAUUUGGUCUAAGCCUAGGAGAUGCCUCCUCUUCAGCCCCCUGGGAGCCUUAUUUCCCACCCUGCCUCUGUCCUUCCCGCCAGCCCCACUCCAGACACGAGAUGCCUGUGUGGCUGAUGUACAUAUGUAUGGUUUUGUUCCUUUUGUUUUUUUAAUUUUAGAAAUUAUUUAUUGCCUGAGGGAGGGAGAAAACAAAAAUAAACCUGUUUUCAACAA